GAUUAAACUUGAUACAAGUUGAAAAUGUUCCGUUUCAAUUAUUUGUUGUUGAUCUCUGCAAUUUUGACCUAUUCUGUGUCUGUAUCAAUCCCCACACCACCAGUUGAUGAUGAUCCUACUGCAGAAUGGGAUAAAAAUAAAUUAGAGAUCCUCAAUGACUUGGUUGGGGCUCUGUUAAAAUACACAGGACAUGGUGUUACAGUAGUGGCUAGUCAGAAUAUUCAUAACGCUGAUGGAUCUUUCAAAGAGAUAAAAACUAUUGAGCUGACAAUUCCCAGUGUGUACCAUAGGGGUUCUAGUAGUAACAACGAAUAUACGGAUUCUUUAGAAAAGCUAAAACAGAAUGAUGAUGAAUUAGGGGAUACUAUCAAAAAAAUGCAAACGGACUACAAAAGAGCAUUUGAAAGUGGCCACUAUGAUAAAGAGGCCGCUUAUUUGAAACAAGUCGACGGGGAAGCAGAAUUAGAAAUAUACGUUGGCAAAAAUGAAGUGUUCUACCAAGACGAUGAAGGCAUGGGCUACUACUUAAGGGACAACAUAAUUGGUACGGAUAAAAAGAAAUUGGAAGAGGAAUUCAAGAAACGUUUUGAAGACAGAAGUAACAACACUUUGAUAAGUGUUUUGGUGUGGGAUGCUGACAAAAAGUUUGUUAGCGAAGAAUCGAGGGUGGAACCAAAACUGUUGGUGUACGUAGACAAGGCGUCGGACAACGUCGAUGAAAAAAUGAUGGACUCCGCAAUGGAAGGCCUUGCCAAAUACGUCUUGAACUACCCCGACAGGGUGGCCAAAGAAUUAUCAGCUGCUAUGUCCAACGCUCAUCCAGACUACGUUUGGUUAGUCACGAAGUGGCAGGACGAGCAAGCUGACAAUGCCAAACAUGACGUUUACAUCAAAUUGACGUACGAUAACGUGGAAGUGGGGGAUUAUCCCAUAGAAUACACGGUUUUUGGAGUGAAAAAAUAGAUGUUAUACUUAAAUGUGAAUUGUUAUAUGAUAAAUAAAUAACAGAAUAUAAUAAUAAGAUGGGUUUUUUUA